AUGGCCGACUACGCGUUACAGUCAAGCACUGAUGUUGCGGCAAAGGCACUCGACCUUCGAGCUGAAUUAAAAGCCUGGGAAAAAGCCUUUGCAGCCACACACCAGGGCCGAAAAGCUGGCCGUGAAGACAUUAAACAACACCCAGAUAUAGCCAGCAAAUAUAAGGAAUAUGGCCGACUCAAAGCUCUGGAAUCGACCCUCAGCCGACGAGAGAACCGGCAAGGUCCCCUUGAAUCUCAGUCGAGGAAGCGAAGACAUGCAUCUCCCAGCGGACCGGAGGCCGCACAAUCAAUAACAACGCCCAGAAAAGCUGCAAAGGGAAUAUUUGCCACACCUACCAAUAAUCGAAUCAAGCAUGAACAUCAGGUGGAUGAGUUUGUCUCUCCAGUCACUUUUCGCAAGUUGUUUAGUCCAAGUUCUCACCAACGAGGGGCUUCGACCGCCUCGCCGCUGAAAGCCGCCAUCGGACCAACACCGCAGCGAGAUGGAAAGGCCUUGGGAUUGUUUGACAUGCUCUCCGAAUCAGGGGGGAGCGGGGCGACGCCGUCAGCAAAAAAGCAAAGAGACUUCUUGGCAGCAGGUUUCAACACGCCGUCCAGAGGGAAGAUGGGCAACAAGUUAGCAGAUGUGCCGGAAGUGGAUGAAGGAGGGGCAGACGAAGAAGAGGAAGGGCAGGAAGAACAUGCGCGACUUUCUCGCACGCCAGCGUCCUCCACGAAACAGUUCUACUUGGCCAAUCUUUUUGCGACCCCGACGACGAUGCGCUACGCGGCGAUGGUUGAAGCCAAGGACGGACAGCCAGCCCAAGAUGAUCUGCAUUCUCUAAGGCAAGGCGCUACAUCACCGGAACCAAAUACGUCCGAUACGCCCUCCUUCCUCCGACGGACAAACUUCAACAGGCUUCCACCGCCCACCUCCCACAUCGAAAGCGUAGGCCUCAGUCCAAUCGCAGCACGGAAGCCCUUGAAAUUCGCCGCAAAGGGCCUUUCACACCUUGUGCAAGGGUUGCGAGAAAUGGAGGAAGACCGCGAAGAUGACGAGUGGGACAUGCUUCGAGAAAUCGAGGCUGAGCAGGAAGCCCACAGCUUCCAAGUCGCGCAAAGCCAACAAGUGCCGCAGGAAGGUCGGCCAUACAAGAAGAAAGGUCAAAAGCGGACUACGCGCAGGGUCGUUAUGAGGCCAGUUUUGACUCGUCCAAAAAAGUCGGACCCUGCACCUAUUGAGAAUGACGAGGAUACGGCAAAUGAGGACGCGGAGGUAAUUGGAGUUCUCGAGACUCAGCUUCCGGCCGGCUCAGAAGUGAUUGACGAGGCUUCGAAUGUCGGCUACGAUGAGACGACAUCGUUACACACUGUUUCUGAUGCAGAGGAUAAACGAUCGGUCUCUGAAGAACCUGAUCUCGAUUCAGAUGACGAUUCGGAGUUUGGAGGAUCAUCCAAGCCACUGUCUCGGCCAAAGAGCUUCUCCGAGCGGAUCAAGGAAGCUGUCUCGAUGGCCAAGCCUGCGCCGAAAGAAGAGCCCAGAGCAGAGCCGAAGAAGGCACCGUUGGUUCCACAGGCAGAGGCAACAGCACCCAAAACACGCAUGAUCAAGGCGAAUGCCCGGGUACACACCAAUUACCGGAGCCUGAAGAUCCACCACCGUGGCAGCACCCAAGCUCGUGGCCGAUUCCGCAGAAGAUAG